AUGCUGCUCGUUGAAGUAGCAAAGAGAAGGUUGCAAUCGUUGAAGGAGGAUGCCUGGGAUGAGCUUAUUGAUAAGGUAUCGACAUUUUGUAUCAAGUAUAACAUUUUGAUACCUAAUUUUGAUGAGCCUUAUGUUAACUCUGGAAGAUCACGGCGUAAACCUGCUGAUCAUACGGUCUUACAUCAUUAUCGUUAUGAUGUGUUCUAUAAAAUUAUUGAUUGGCAACUUCAAGAACUCAAUGAUCGUUUUAACGAGGUGACUACUGAUUUGCUUCAUGGAGUUGCUUGUUUGAAUCCAGUUGACUCAUUUUCUAGUUUUAACAUCAAGAAGAUAAUGAGAAUGGCUGAAUUAUAUCCUGAUGAUUUUGAUGAAUUUAGUAGGGGUGCUCUUGAGAACCAACUUGCGACAUACAUUAUUGAUGUCCGUGAUAUUGAUGAAAGGUUCGCCAAUCUGAAUGGACUUUGUGAUCUCUCAAGAAAACUAGUUCAAACGAAGAAGCACUUAAACUUUCCUCUUGUAUUCCGCUUAGUGAAAUUUUCUUUGCUUCUACCAGUUGCUACUGCAUCCGUUGAAAGAGCUUUUUCGGCAAUGAAGUUUAUUAAGAAUGACCUGCGGAAUCGGAUGAAUGACGGACUUUUGAGCGGCUGCUUAGUUCCUUAUGUAGAAAAAGAUGUAUUUAUUAAUAUUUCUAAUGAUGCUAUUGUAAAAACAUUUCAAGAGAUGAAACCUCGUCGAGUACAGUUGCGAUAA